CCUCUGUCUGUCACCCAAGCUGGAGUGUAGUGGCACGAUUAUAGCUCACUGCAGCCUCAAACUCUGCUGAAGGAACUCUUGGUGAAGGGAGAUUUGUUGCUGCUUCUGAGAUGGGAAAGAGAAACAAAUUUCAGUGCAGAUGGCAAGGAUGGAGAGGUUGAAGGUGUAGAAGAGAUAAGUCAUCAGCAGAUGGAAUGUCUAUGAAGGAAAGCGCUCAGCUGGCCCACAGGGGGCUUGGAUAGGAGGGAUGACUGUUGAGUCAAUCCAGGCUCGGGUUUUGCCAAGUGGGCACUGCCUAGUAGAAAGGUUGAGAUACUGUCAAGCGUGUGACCAAGGCAGUAGCGCUGGGAAUUUAAGGGAGAGAAGGCAGGAGGCAUUGGUAAGGCAGGAGGGAAUGGCUGAGCAACCUGGGAGGACAGGUUUUAGCCUCAAUGGAGUCUGAAAUAAUUUCAGAGAUGCUUGGUCCCUGAAUGGAUCGCAGUAUUCCCUGCACCCCUUGAUCCUCUAGUCUCUAGGUCUUGGAUGUUCCAAUGCUUGCCACUGAGCUUAGCCUAUAUAGAGUCAGCGUGAAAUACUGCCACUCACAUUAAUAUCAUUUUAAAAACUCUGGAGACUCCAUUUCCCUUGCUGCCUUGCAGCCGCCGCGACUACAACUCCCGUGAUGUCCCGCGGUCGCCUUGUCAGUGAUCACCCACCUUUCCUUGACGUUUUACCAGUCCCAGCGUUCCUCGUUGUUUUCCUGUCUCGCCUUCACGGCUGUUGAGUCCCAGGACAACCAAUUGGACCAUGGAGUAGGAGACCUGGCAGGCCAAUCGCCCCAGCCACGGGGGCGGGGGUGGUGUGGCCAUAUCCUGUCCCGCCCCUGCUCCGUGGCUGGGGCUCUCCUCGCUGGCGCCUCGGGCGGGACCUGCAGAUAUGGGCACCACCUGGGGGAGCCCGGGAUGGGUGCGGCUCGCGCUCUGCCUGGCAGGCUUAGUGCUCUCUCUCUACGCGCUGCACGUGAAAGCGGCGCGCGCCCGGGACCGAGAUUACCGGGCGCUCUGCGACGUGGGCACAGCCAUCAGCUGUUCGCGCGUCUUCUCCUCCAGGUUGCCUACGGGGACGCUGGGCCUCUAUCCUGCUGGUGUUGAGUUCCCUGGUGUCUUUGGCUGGUUCUGUCUACCUGGCCUGGAUCCUGUUCUUCGUGCUCUAUGA